ACAUUACCUGCCUGAAACGACAUUAUUCUCCGCGACCGUUCAGGCGCUCAUCCCUUCUACUCUUCUCUAAUAAUUCUCCUGUCGUGUUCUUUCUUUCUCUAGUACCCAAAACCCCAACCAUACUCGAUAACGCUACCAUAGCCUCGGCAACCGUCUCCGACCUCUCGCAGCAACCAUUCACUUCAGAAAUUAUUGAAUCGCAGAGGCGAUGCAUCAUUAUAACUGGAUAAUUAUGAAGGUUUUGAUUGCUUAGGGCUAUAAAGGAGCUUAACAGUCCACAUUAAUACAACGCCGGUUAUUUUCUCUCUAUCUAUUGCACUGAAUCGAUCGUUUCUUUUUUCUUCAACUGGGUUUCUUUUCAAGCCCCAGAUCUUGCCUCGUCAGUUACCUUCUUUUAAUCUGCAUAGAAGCUUGAAUGGCCAACAAGUCAAGAACAAAACCCAGCAAAUUAGCUGUGUACCUUUACAUACCUAAUAUUGUUGGGUACACAAGGAUUCUCAUGAAUUGCUUUGCCUUUGCUAUAUGUUUUUCCAACAAAAGGCUUUUCUGCCUUCUUUAUUUUAUUAGCUUUGUUUGUGAUGGCAUUGAUGGUUGGUGUGCCCGUAAAUUCAAUCAAGUAUCAACUUUUGGAGCUGUUUUGGACAUGGUAACUGAUAGGAUUAGCACUGCUUGUUUACUAGUAAUACUUUCCCAAGUAUACAGACCUGGCUUGGUUUUUGUGUCAUUGCUUGCUCUAGAUAUCGCUAGUCAUUGGCUGCAGAUGUACAGUACAUUCUUGUUAGGCAAAGCUAGCCAUAAAGAUGUCAAAGACAGCACUAAUUGGCUUUUCAGGGCUUACUAUGGAAACCGGACAUUCAUGGCUUACUGCUGUGCGGCAUGUGAGGUUCUUUAUAUAAUCUUAUUUCUUGUUGCAGAAAAAGAGAAUGAAAACUUGAUGGAUGUUUUAAUGAGGUCUAUAAAGGAGUGGUCACUCAUCUCUUUCCUACUUGGCUUAAGUUUGUUUGGAUGGGCCAUCAAGCAAAUUGUAAAUAUCAUACAGAUGAAGACAGCAGCGGAUAUUUGUGUUCUGUAUGACAUCAAUAAAAAGGAGAAGGCUUAACUCGUUUACUGGAUUUCAGUGUUCUACAUUCAGCAUCAGUAGCCUACGCUUCAGCCUUGAAGUUGGAAUCUCGAAAGUGGAAAAUGGAAGAACUAAUUUCAGUUAUUAAUUCAAUGGAAUACAAUGACCCAUUUGACUCUCUCUUCUCUUUUCAUCUUCUGUGUCCAUGGGUUAUGUAGCUCGACCGCAAUGAGUGAUGAUACAAUAACGAGAUGAUGAAAUUGUAAACUUAGAUUUCUGGACUUUCCUUUUCCCUUUUUGGUUUUGGUCUUAAUGAUUUGUUGAGUAUUUAAUUGUUUAUUCAUUAUUAUGCACGAGAUGGUUAUUGACUAGAACAUUUAAACAUUGUUGAUGAUGGCAAUA